GUAGACCCACCCAUGGCGUUUAUACCCAAGGUGGACCUACCCAUGGCGUCCAUACCCAAGGACUUCUUACUCAUGUUAGCCCUACACAUGGAGUUUAUACCCAUAAUGUUCUUGCCCAAAAUGUUACAGAUGAGAUUUCUACACCGG